UCUACCUUAGGCUGGCGACGAAGUAAAUGCAAGUGACUCCCUUCUUCCUGCUUCGAAGUGUUGGCGUCGAGACAUUGGUCGAAUCAGGGUAACACUUUGAGCUCAGUCAGGAAAACCCACUAUGGCACUCCUUAUUGAACAUAUCCGCGUCCACCCAUUCUCGCCAGUACUUUGUGUGACAGACACCGCCCCCUUCACCAAAUAUAGCAUGUGCGCCCACCCGCCCUGCGCAGCCCUACCGGCUCGCCUCCCCCUCAUAGCUUAUAAAUUUGAGGGAGGGAUGCACCACCCUUCAGUGCAUUACAGCUAGGGUCGCAAUCAUGCCUGCCUCGAAGGGAUCCCGCUCCUCCUCCAAGAAGGCCAAGAAGACAGGAAGCAAUGUCUUCGACAUGUUCACGCAGAAGCAGGUGGCGGAGUUCAAGGAGGGCUUCCAGAUAAUGGACCGCGACCGCGACGGCAUUAUCAACAAGACCGAUCUCCGUGGUGUCUUCGACGAGAUCGGCCGCAUCGCCACCGACAAGGAGCUCGACGAGAUGCUGGCCGAAGCCCCCGGCCCCAUUAACUUCACCACCCUCCUGCACAUGUUCGCCGAGCGCUCCUCGGGAGAGUCCGACGACGACGAUGUUGUCGCCGCCUCCUUCCGCGCCUUCGAGAAGGCCCCCGGCGAGAUCGACUCCGAGCAGUUCCGCCUGAUGCUCAUGGCCUUCGGGGACAAGUUCACCAGCCAGGAGGUCGACGACGCCUUCGAGCAGAUGGAAAUGGACGAGGACACCGGCAUCAUCGACGCCGACGCUCUCAUCUCCAUGCUGUGCGCUAGUUCAGGGAAGGAGGAGGAGGAGGGUGCUGCCUAAGCGUACCUCCCUUCCCUACGCCCGUGCAAGAGAGAGACAGAGUGUGAAAGUGGACGCCAUCACCAGCAGCAGGUUGCUACCAGUGGCUGUGGCACUCAAAGCUCUUCUUGGUCAUCUACUGCUGGUUCUUACUACCACUUCCCCUUCUUCGCGAAUGAUACCCACUCUCUUCAUACCCCGCCCUCGGGCACAGUGCACCCCAUACCCUGAAUUCCCGUGUGUACCCUCCCGUCGACCCCACCCCUUGUGUGCAUCCAUGACCACCCCUUCCUCCACGUUACUUCGUGAACAUCACCCACCACCCUGCAUGUAUCUCCCAUUCUGAAACCACAGAGUGAAGUGAUAUGGACGACUGUGUGUGAAUUCUUCCUCUGGACAGUGAGAAACCCACCUACGUGAAAGAAGUGGCUAAAACGUUGACUGCGUGAAAGAUUUUCCAUGCCAAGUGCGCGUGCAAAUGAUCCUCAACCUGAAAAUCCUCCCAUUAGGUUUAGUGUAAGAUGUUGGGUUUUCAAACACAUUGUUUCAAUCUGACCAAAUAGAGCUAGAUGUUUCUUAUUCAAAAUAAAUAUGCACAGCAUGACCGGACGAAUAUAAAGUGCGUUUUUCUAUCUCUUUUGUAUUUACAAGUUAUCUGCGCAGGUACACUGAGCAUAUAAUGUCUGUUAAUAUUAAUGAAUAUAAGUAGAGAGAUGUACUGCAAGCAGUCCUUUUUAAUGUUCCUGAAAUAUACGAUUUAUUUAAUGACAUG